AUGUCUGAUGAGACGCCUCAGGAGGGGCCUAAAAGCCCGGGGUCUGACACCGCACCCGCACCAGUUGCCGCUGACGACUCACCCGAAACGGUGUCAGGGCAGGAGGCGGGAUCUAGUUCCAACGCCGAGAAGGAAGCGAUGGGGUCCUCAGCGGCUCCGGCAGCUGCUACGGGACCACCAGCUGGUGCACAGGAAGAUCAUGACAGCGAGGAGGAAGACACUGCAGCAGGAACCGGGUCGGCGCCGGAUGCUGCCGUCGACAUUAACGGUGUUCCCGCUAAUGAUGUGAAGAACAUUAUCCUGCAGGUCCUUAGCCCUUGCUUUGAUGACGAGGGUGGCGAAGAUGACGCGCAGCGCUACGACCAUAUCAAAGCACACGGAUGGAUUCAACACAUUUGCGAUGGAAUUAUGGAAAAACUACUGGCAAUGCGCCGCCCCUACAAAUAUGUUGUUCACUGUGUAAUCAUGCGGAAAUCAGGUGCGGGCAUUCACUUGUGUUCUAGUUGCUACUAUGGCCAGGCGGAUGGGUGGGUGAACCAUGCGCAUGACCUCUCUGCGCAUGUCUACGCAGUGGUAAGUGUUUAUUGGAGCGUGAUUUAA